CAUGAGAUAAACAGCAGCGUAGUCCGAACCUUUGCUUGUAAACAGCAAGUAUCAUGAUUCGAUAGUUCGCUAAUGCCCGUGGCAACGUCUGCAAAAAAUUACAUAUUUCGCACGACUGGUUGAUAUCGAAUAAGAAUCAUGUAUGGGUUCGUAAAUUAUGCUUUGGAACUGCUGGUAGUAAAAACAUUUGACAACGAAACAUGGGAAGCUAUAAAAAAAGAUGCAGCUGUCAAUAUGGAAGGUCAGUUUCUUGUACGUCAGAUUUACGAGGAUGAAGUUACAUACAACAUCAUUGGCGCUGCUGUCAAACGACUCAAGAUACCAGCUAAUGAAAUACUAGAAUUGUUUGGAAAAAUGUUUUUCGAAUUUUGCCAAGACUCGGGUUAUGAUAAAAUUCUUCAAGUACUUGGAGCAACGCCUCGAGAUUUUUUGCAGAAUUUAGAUGCUCUUCAUGAUCACUUGGGAACACUGUAUCCCGGAAUGCGAGCACCAUCAUUCAGAUGUACGGAAAGAUCAGAAGAUGGAGCAUUGAUUCUUCACUAUUAUUCUGAUAGACCUGGUCUGGAACAUAUUGUCAUCGGAAUAGUUAAGACAGUAGCGAAAAAGCUCCAUGGUACUGAUGUAGAUAUGCAAAUUUUUAAAACUAAAAAUGAAUGCGAUCAUGUACAGUUUCUGAUUACUGAACAAUCAGAUCCUGGUGUCGCCCCUAAACCUAUGAUUGCUGAUCUCGAAUGUCUUUCCGUAGAACCAAAAGUUAGUCCGGCCACAUUUUGUCGAGUGUUCCCUUUUCAUUUGGCGUUUAAUCGGGACCUAACUAUAGUACAAACUGGAUGCACUAUCACACGAGUUAUUCCUCAAGUUUGCAAUGAAAACUGUAAAUUAAACGAUAUACUGCUAACAGUAAGGCCGCAUCUUGAAUUGACUUUCGAAAACAUUCUUUCUCAUAUUAACACUGUAUACGUACUCAGAACGAAAAAUGGCGUAAUGCAAGUUGAUGCAUCUGAAGAAUAUUCUUAUUUGCGUCUCAAGGGUCAAAUGCUAUAUGUACGUGAAUCAGAUUUAGUCAUCUUUCUGUGCUACCCCAGUGUGAUGAACCUAGAUGAUCUAACAAGGAGAGGUUUAUACUUGAGCGACGUGCCAUUGCACGAUGCGACGCGCGACUUGGUCCUAAUGUCUGAACAAUUCGAAGCUGACUAUAAGCUGACAAGAAACUUAGAACUGUUGACAGACAAAUUGCAGCAAACAUACCGUGAACUCGACGGAGAAAAACAGAAGACAGAUAGAUUAUUAUAUUCCGUCCUACCAGCAUCCGUGGCGAACGAGCUGAGGCAUUCACGACCAGUGCCGGCUAAAAAAUACGACUGCGUUACACUUUUAUUUUCCGGUAUUGUAGGCUUUGGAGCCUACUGCGCUGCCCAUACAGAUUCUAACGGAGCUAUGAAAAUUGUUAGCAUGCUUAAUGAGCUUUAUAUAGCAUUUGAUGUAUUAACAGAUCCUAUGAAGAAUCCAAAUGUCUAUAAGGUUGAAACCGUAGGUGACAAGUACAUGGCAGUGAGCGGAUUACCAGAACCCUGCCGCUGUCACGCUCGCUGCAUAGCUCGCCUCGCUCUAGAUAUGAUGGAUCUCGCGACCCACGAGGUGAAGAUUGAUGGAGAGCCUGUGAAAAUAACUAUUGGCAUACAUAGCGGCGAAGUAGUUACCGGCGUUAUUGGGCACCGCAUGCCUCGCUAUUGUUUAUUUGGCAACACUGUUAAUCUUACUAGCAGAACGGAAACUACAGGAGAACCUGGGAAGAUCAACGUAUCUGAAGAUGCUUACAGGUAUCUAUGCUUACCAGAAAAUCAAGACUCACAGUUUCUAUUAGAAUACAGAGGACCAGUAAAUAUGAAGGGAAAAUCAGAGCCAAUGAAUGUAUGGUUUCUUUCAAGAGAAAGAGAGUUACCCGUAUAAAGAAUUAUAAAUGUUUACAGCUUACUCAUAGAUUAUUGGUUCUAGUUUUCAGUGUACUGAGAUGAUAAUUAUCAUAGAGAAAUAUAUACGAUGUUAAUUAUUUUUAAUACCUUAAAAAGCAAUAAUUUCUAUUUUGUGCGUUUUGAAAUAACGCCAUCUACAUCAAAUGAUUAUAUUAGAUAGAUAAAUCAUUUCGACAUUGAUAAAAAUUAUGUGUGGAUCAUUAUAUAGAAUAAUUUGAAAUAAAAUACUUUCCGUUAAAUGGAAACCAUGUAUACUUUAAAUAUCACUUUAACGUGAAUUUAGUGUAAUCAAAAUGUAGACCGCCGAAAUGGUUAUUGCUAUCAAAAAAUUUUGAUAAGUUUGUCUAAGCUAAAAUAAAUAUUAAGUCUUUUAAUUUAACAAAAUUGAUAAAAACUAUUUUUUUAACUCGGUUUAAAAUCUAAGUGUUUUGGUAACAAAGAACAUUGACUAUUUAUUGGAACCCUAAAUGUAGAUAAAAAAUAAACUAUUAAACUACUGGUUGAAAUAAAUGCACCAGUUCAAAAGUAAUUGUAUUAUUUAAAAAUUGAAAGAUUUUUAUUAUACAAAAUAUUUUUAACUGAUAAAAAUAUCAGAUCAUUAUUAGAAUACAAGUAAAAAGAUAUUAAGUUUUCGGUUACAUAAAGUCAUAGUCAACUUUAAAGUUAACGUAUUAUGCAAAAAUACAUACACACUAUUGUAUUGUAUCGCUAUUGUCACUACAACGAUUACUUUGAGAGUCGAUAUUUAUAAAACGUAAUAGCUGUAAUUUCUGGAAGUUGUAUGAUAUAUUAUUAGUUAUCGUAUUAUUUUGUUAUAAGGCUAAUGAAUUCUCUCUAAUAAUUACAAAAUUACACAUUUAAAUAUAACUAGUACAGUAGACUUCUCAAAGAAAUUUUUAUCAAUUAAGGACGUUCUCUUCUAACAAUCAAGUUAAAAAGUUUACUUUCGAGAAAAUAUUUUGUUAACAGCAUCAUUAUAUUAAAAACCUUUCAAAGACAAUACAUAAUCAUUAUAAUAUGACUAAAUUGUAUGGAAAUAGUGAAAAAAUCAAUAAAAUUAUAGUAUGUCAUAAAUUUAUGCGCAGUUAAGAAAAAUCUCAAUCGCUAUUACUGUUGAAUAAGCACCGGUGUCCAUAUUUUUCAUUAUAGCAUUCGAUUCCCUAUAAUCGUCAAAAUAAUCAGAAUAACAUUAGUUUUUCAAGAAAUAUAAAGAAAACUGAUUUUACAAUCAAACAAAAUAUAAUAAAUAUGUAACUCUAUUUGAUGUGUGUUAAAAAAUCAAACUUUGAAGAUAAAUAUCUCGAUUUUGAAUACGGUUGCAUAGUUUAAUUUUUUCAGCUGUAUAAGUAAUAACACAAAAGAAAUUAUUUUUAAAAGUUUGAAGAAAAUCUAAAGAAAAGUAAUUUUUAAGAGAAUGUCCUUCAAUCAUUUAAAUCUUUUAAAAUAAAUUUCGGCACAUGUACGUUGCUAAAUAUUUGUUAUGGACUUUUUUCUUUCCAAGUACAGUAUAUGAUUUUUGGCUCACUUCUUUGAGUAGAAUGCCAACUAAAAAUAAGCAUUUCGUAGAUAUAUAUUACUUUUUCUACGGCACACAGGUUGGUAAAAAAUCUGUAAUCUCAUCUACGUGUGUCUUUUCCAAUUAGCAACAUGCAUCUGAUUAGGCAAGUUGUGCGUUAUCCUAUAAUUAUUGUUGUGCUAUUGACAGUUGUAUUUUCAUUUAAAUAUAUUGAUUUUGGGCUUUUUCCCACCAUUCACUGCGGUUUUUAUGACUCUAUAGCACAAAAUAAAAUAAAAUGAUUCAAACCAAAUUAAAAAAUAUAAACUGUAUACCUCAAUCAAUCAUUUCUGCUCACUCCGUCCUAAAUACCAUUUGAAUAUUUAUAGUAUGAAAAAUUAAUUUU